AUGGGGGCCACACCUUUCCAGACGGAAGCAUGGACUGAGUAUGGCAUCGGCACCUUGAUCCUCUUCCUCAGAUACUUUGCGAGAUGGAAAGCAGUGGGAUUCAAGGGCUGGCAGGGUGAUGAUUACUUUGCGCUCCUAGUCCUUAUCUUCUGGACGCUUGAACUAUGCAUGCUGGAACUCAUUGGCCAAUAUGGCACCAACAUUGGCAUCUACGAUGAGAUCAGUGCCACGUUGACCGACGAAGAGAUCGCUCGCUUUGAGUUUGGCUCCAAAUGCCUGCUCAUGGGCUGGAAUUUUUAUGUGUCCCUCAUCUGGGCGCUCAAGGGCUGCGUACUCUGCUUCUACAACCGUAUCACCCUAGGCUUGAGACAGCAGAAAUUCGUCAAGUGGACGGGCAUCGCUUGCGUAGUUGGGUUCGCCGGCGUCUUGGGCGCCAUUUGGGGCCACUGUGUUCCUGUCCAUAGGAACUGGCAGGUCGUGCCGUAUCCUGGUGAUGCUUGCACAACCGGUUUCGCGAACUAUAUUACACUCGUCGUCAUCAACGUGGUAACCGACGUUGCUAUCCUCGUCAUCCCCGUCCCGCUGCUGUGGAAAGUCCAGCUGCCGAUCGGGCGCAAGCUUGCUAUUGGUGUCUUGCUGUGCUCUGGCAUCUUCAUCAUCAUUGCGACUCUGCUCCGAUGCAUCCUGUCACUCCAAAGCAUCAAGGGGAUCAACGUGAGCACCAUCUGGGCUAUCAGAGAGACGUUUGUGGGCAUUGUUGCCACAAACGCCGCGGCCAUCAAGCCUCUCUUCUCAGGGAGCAGAUGGCUCUCCUCGAGCAAGGGCAACAGCGCGACCCCGUACUCCAAAGACACCAACAGCCAUCCGCUCGCCACCAUCGGCGGAAGCUCGAACGUGACCUCUCGACCCAACCGCCGUCGCUCGAUGGAUUACACGAAUAUCGGUAAUUCGAGCGAGGAGAACAUUUUCAAGCCUGACUUGAGUCAUAUCAGGGGCGAGACAAAGGUGUCCAGCGGGCCUCGGACGGGCAAGUCGACGCCCGGACACCCCAUCACCGUCACGACCGAGGUGGAUGUGGACUACAGCAAGCAAGUAUAA